ACGGAUAUCCAUACAGGUGCGCCAGGAUAUUUUUUGCGUAAUUUGCGGGCGGCAUAAAAUGCGUGUUUACUAUUUGCACGCAUGCUGUCUCUAGUUAGUGGCAGUCAUGCGCGUCCAAGGCGAAAUGGCUCUGCACCUCACACACUGAAAACCGUGCAACUGGGGCAUGCAUUCACUUUGACAGAGCGGACCAACAAGCUGCUGUAGUCUGUAGCAGAUCCACGGGAAUAAAACGACGUCUUGGCUUUCUGCAAUAACAGUGGAUUACUGGAGCUGUAGGAGGUGGGUUUGAAGGAAGAUUUCAGUUUAAAUGAUACGGGGAAACGUACAAAUCACAGAUGUGAAAAAGCAGGUGCGUUUCGAGAUUUUGCACCUCGGUUUUUUUUAUUUUGCAAUCUGAAUUUCCGCCGGAGUCUGUGAAAUGCAGCCUCUACCUGAGAGAUGUGUGGCACCACAACUGCAGCCUACAGAGAACUUCUCCUGUCUACCUGCUGCUGAUCUGCUGUGGUCGGCUGUGGAGGACUAAGACUGUCACCAAUGCAAAUCUCAUAAUCAUAACCAUCAUCAUCACCAUCAUCCACGUCUGCCACUUCAAACACCAAGACACAAGAGGCCAGAGGCUGCUUUUGGCUGAUCAAAGAGCCAGCAGUCACAAAGCACCUGUAGACCAUGACUCCUGCAGAGCUGCCUGCGUGAGAGCAGCAUGAGAUAAUCGAGGAGUACCAUACUAAUAGCUGAUUCAAGCCUUAUCUGUUUGGCGUGAUGAAAAUGUUCCAGUGUGUCAGUUGACUGACAGUUGCAGUGCUGUUCUAGCGUGGGACAUAGCCAGUAGCUGAAGCGCAGACACCACAAAGGAGAUGGCUCGUCCAGGAUCAGGGCUGCUGGUACCUGUCAAUGGUCUGGGAUACCCUCCUCAGAACCUUGCCAGGGUGGUGGUCUGGGAGUGGAUGAACGAACAUGGCCGCUGGAGGCCCUACAGUGCCGUGGUUUGCCACCAUAUUGAGAAUGUACUGAAGGGGGAUGCUCGGGGAACUGUAGUCCUGGGGCAGGUGGAUGCCCAGCUCACUGCCUACAUCAUCGACCUGCAGUCCAUGCACCAGUUUCGACAGGACACGGGCACGAUGAGACCAGCGCAGAGAAACUUCUAUGAGCCGUCGUCCGCCCCGGGGAAAGGCGUGGUGUGGGAGUGGGAGAACGACAGCGGCUCGUGGACGCCGUAUGACAUGGAGAUCUGUGUGACCAUCCAGAAUGCCUACGAGAAGCAGCACCCCUGGCUGGACCUCACCUCUCUGGGCUUCAGCUACCUCAUCGACUUCAACAGCAUGUGUCAGACCAACAGGCAGAGUCAGCGUAAGAGACGCCUGCGGAGACGCAUGGACCUGGCCUACCCGCUCAUCAUGGGCUCCAUCCCCAAGUCCCAGUCGUGGCCCGUGGGAGCAAACUCCGGCCAGCCCUGCUCCUGCCAGCAGUGCAUCCUGGUCAACAGCACGAGAGCCGCCUCCAAUGCAAUUCUGGCCUCUCAACGGCGUAAGCACUACGGCGGGACAACAGGAAACACAGGCGCUACAGGAACUCUCACUGCAGUGCGGCAGAGCAACACCUUUGCUGGAACCUCUCUCUGGUCCCCGACAUCCGCCUCCUCGGGCCCCAACAACAAUAACAUAAGUAUGGGAGGUGGGCAUGCCAAAGCUGAACAGGUGCUGUUGCCACUGUCCUCUGCCAAUUUCCCCUGUUCCCCCGUGAUGCCCACUCUUUCAUCCGCCCAUGGCCACCACGCUCUCACCAUCAACGGACAGAACAACCUGAACCGGCCGGGCACACAGCGCAUUUCCAUGAGCACUGCCAGAGGAGCCGUCCCACCAGGGGUUCCUGCUCUCCCAGUAAAAAACCUGACUGGAACUGGACCAGUGCACCCAGCCCUAGCAGGUAUGACAGGUAUCCUGAUGUGCGCUGCAGGUCUGCCGGUUUGCCUGACCCGGGCCCCCAAGCCCAUUCUGCACCCGCCCCCCAUCAAUAAGAGCGACAUGAAGCCUGUUCCAGGGAUCAAUGGCAUGCGCCGCAAAACCAAGAAAAAGCACCUGAGGAGAGGCAAAAACCCAGAGGAUGUGGUGCGAAGAUACACAGAGAAGAUUAAAGUGGUGCCAGAUGAGGACUGUACCAUCUGCAUGGAGAGGCUGGUCAUGGCGUCAGGCUAUGAAGGCAUCCUGCAGCACAAAGGCAUCAAGCCAGAGCUGGUGGGCAAACUUGGCAAGUGUGGCCACAUGUACCAUCUGCUGUGCCUGGUGGCCAUGUACAACAAUGGCAAUAAGGAUGGCAGUCUUCAGUGCCCAACAUGUAAAACCAUCUAUGGGGAGAAAACGGGCACCCAGCCUCCUGGGAAGAUGGAGUAUCACGUCAUCCCCCACUGCCUGCCCGGCUACCCAGACUCCAAGAGCAUCCGCAUCGUCUACGACAUUCCUGCUGGGAUCCAGACCAAUGAGCACCCCAGCCCCGGGAAAAAAUUCAGUGCCAGAGGGUUUCCUCGACACUGCUACCUCCCUGACAAUGACAAAGGCAGGAAGGUCCUGAAGCUGCUGAUCAUGGCCUGGGACCGACGCCUCAUCUUCACCAUCGGCACGUCCAGCACCACGGGAGAGUCGGAAACGGUGGUGUGGAACGAGAUUCACCACAAGACAGAAUUUGGUUCCAACCUGACUGGUCACGGCUACCCGGACCACAAAUACCUGGACAACGUCCUGACAGAGCUGUCGGCCCAGGGGGUCGGCGAGGACAACCUGAAGGACUGAUAGUUGCCUGAGAUGGUACACAGGAACAGCGCACACCAUGCCUCACCGUCUCCCAGGCAACAGGAAGCUUCAUGAUGCGCCAAAAAGCAGCCGACAACUCUUUACUCCCCACAAACGAAAAUACCCUGCAGAAGCAGUGGCACAAGAGCAACGCAAGCAAAAAUAAAUGACGUGGUUAUGGUCGAUAUCUUGAUUUGUAUAACCUAAGAUUUCCCCCCUGCUGCCUCUUGAUCCAUGCCUUGAGCAAGUUCUCAGAGGGUAACAAACGUAAAGACAAGGUUAGGAUUGUGGCUUGGUGAAUGGUAUUUAACCCCUUUUAGAUUAAACUGAAGCUGUUCCUCUGCACUUGAUGAGGGGACAAACCUGGCAUAUUUUAAAAUGCUAAACUCCAGAAUGCAUGGCCCAGACUAACGCUGCAUAAUGAAGGUUGGGCGAUAACCUGCAAUCUGAUGAAAUGUUGAUAGAUCAGCUGUUGCUUGAUGUUGUCAAGAUUAUAUUUAAGAGAAUUUCAGCAUAUUGUAUUCAUCCAAAGGAAUUAAUUAAUUGCAUCCCCCGGUUUUUCAUAUAUUUGAUUAUUGUCCUGUAUCAAGUGGUGGUUUCGUGAUUUUGAAAGAGAGGAUUGUGGCGUGUUUUUGGUGACUGUACAGUUGCAUAUGGGCAUUUCGGAUAUUUUCCACUUCAGAUACUUUAAGUCAAUUGUUUUCGACUAUGAAAGUGUGUCCUGUAGUGCAUGAAAUAAAUUCCAGAGGCUAUAAAACAUCAAUGUUUGAUAUUGUGUUGUAUGAGCGGAGACAUGAAAGAUAGAUAAAACAAGCAUCUUACCAGACAGUUUGAUGCCCGUUAUGAGAUGUUGAAAGGCUGUGGUUGUGAAGCGGUUUUUGCUACGCUCCAAGGUUAAACUCAUUUGUUUUGUUGACACACUGAUGACGCUGACCUCUGUUUGUAUAAAGCCUGCGCUAUUUUUUUCCAUGUUGGAGGCAACACGGGCGUCGGCACCAUCCAUCAUGCUGACCAUACAUGAGGGUCGAGUGUGUGGUUGCGUGCUCUUAGGCAAUAAUAUGCUGGCUUGAGGUCCUUUAGGAGAAAAGCUGAACACACUCCUGGCAGAUGGACGUUCGUCUUUCAGCACCAACAGUUCUCUCUGUUGGAGAUCCAUCUUUGGCUCCUGCUCGCCUGCGAUCCACAAGUCUCUUGUGAGCUUGUUAGCGAGCAAUGAAACAUCUCUUGUCCUGCGUGAGCUCACUCAGAGUUGUUAGGCAAGAUGCUAAUGUAUGGCCUCUUUCCUCCUCAGCAGCAGCAGAGUACUUGCAAAUGUUGGUCUAGUAUUUAGUUCUGCACUCUCCAUUUCCCCCUCAGAUGUUAUGCCCGUGAGGUAAAGAGUUUUUCUGUAGAUCCUUGGUGGAGUUGUGCUGUUUCUCUACUCGGAGAUUAAAGAUAACCCAGUGCUGCAUAAUUCUCCAUAAUUAUAUCUGAUCAAUUUUAAUGAGUGGGGGUGUAGAUGCAUGGUUUAUCGUGUGGGCACCCAGCUGUGAGCUUAAUUUUGGAGUGAAUCAUAGUCUUCCAUAGCACUUUGAGGCAACGGUUUAGUUUGAUCAGUCCUUUUAGUUUUUAGGAAAAUGUCUUUAAAUUGUGUUUUUUUUAUUUUAUUGAUGUUUAUAAACCGGCUUGCGAUGCUUUGAAAAAUAUAUACGAUAUACAUUUGCAGAUGUGAUAUAGGCUACCUUUAAAUUCAAGCUCAAUUUGAGUCGGUGGUGUUGGUUUAAUUUAUUUUUAUACUCUUCUAUAUAGAAUAUAUAAAAUGACCAUCUGGCUCACAUAUCUAUACACAGGCACAUCUUAACAUGAAUACAGAAAAUCUGGCAAAGAUGAAUUUGUCAGUAUGUCAGGGACUGUUGAAAAUGUACUACAUGUUAUGGACGUCUUAUAUUACAAGUAGUUUUAGCGUAUGCUGCUGUCGUUACCUUAAUGUAGAAUCUGUGUAGUCGAUCCUGUGGGACUCCAAUAAAUACAGUAAGUGUAUCUUUAUUAUUGGUGGGGGAGCUUUAGCAGCAUGAAGAUGUCCGUUCCCCCCAUAGACCCCUCAAUGGGCCAUUUCUCUUUUUCUACUUUGACAUGGGAAUGGUUGCAGUCGGCAAUCUCUGUUCAGUUUGGAGGUGAAAACGGCGCGCCUGGGUGAAAUAAAAGACACAAAUAAUUGUUAGGGUCUUUGCUUUAGUUACAUAGAGCAACAGAUUGGUGCAAUUUGACCUCCUGUCAGUUGUCAAUAGAUAUAACCUACUUUAUUGAAAAUUAUAAAGACCCUGAAAACCCAUUUUCUCAAUCAUCUUCUUACUUUAUCGUACACAAACACACCAAUACAUGAUCUGCCAUUUCUUCGUAUUCAUGUCUUGGCAUGUUAAUACAAAAAGCCUCUUUUUGCCUGGCAAUAUACUAAGUAAUUCAACAACUGGACAGUUUGACCACUCUUGUUUUUAUUUGUCUUAAAAAACAUACAGUGUAACAAGCCAAGGCCUCAAGUUCCCUCACAGCUACUAGCUAUAGCUACAAAGGUUAGCUGUUAACUAGAUUUGUUAUUGUUAAGCUAGGCACAUUAGCUUUAAAUUGCCGCUUUCUCAUGAGUGUUUUAUGUUACAGAGAAACCUUCUUUUUUUUUUUAAAGAGAAAAAACGUUUUCAGGGGCUUUGAACUACUUUUGUGUGUUUACAGUGAUACCUGCACAUGCUAAACAAACCACUAAAGUUAUUUGUGAGUUUGAUAUUUGACCCAGGUGUUGAAAACAUAUCCUUUUGGCCUGUUCUCUUUUUUUCCUUCACAACCUUUUUGACUCCCUUUAUAUUACGGGACAGCAAAAGAGAAUGCAUCCAACCUUUCAGGGAAUGUUUUCCAUGUUGAUUGAAGUUUCAUUAACCAGAGAAAUUCAAAUGUUUGCUUCUUCUUUGACUUUUCCUUUCCAUGUGUCGGCCUUGUAGUACGGCCCUUUAGACUUUUCAGGUGUGUACAGACUUAUAUGGCAAUGAUGAACACAACAUGGUUUGGUAUAUUAUGUGUCUGAUUAAGAAAGAGAGAGAUGGUGUUUAUGCAAUUUACUAUUUUUAAGAUCUAUUACAUGAUUUAUGUGUAGCAAGAAGGCAGAUCUUUUUGGUUUUAAAUGACAAUGGAUGUUUUCUUUAUGGGGUGCCACUGCCUACCUCCAGGAACAAAGGGGUUGCGAUCCGAAGAUAUUCACAUGCUAUGUACUAGAACACGUAUAUUUUUGAUGUCUUUUUUUUAAUUAUGAUUGUCUCUAAAAGAACUAUAACAUAACAUUGUUGUAUUACUCUUAAGAUUCAUUCCAUGCUAUGUUCACUUUGAUUAGAGGUGGUAGUCACUUUUAUCAGGCCUAUAUGAAGUAUUUGCAGUUGUACCCUCUUAUAACUGUACUUCUCUCUAAAUGAUAUCUUAACAUUUUUCAGUGGAUAUACUGUGUGUUUGUAUCUGAUUGUUUGUGCGAGUGUGUGUGAAUGUAUGCCGAGUUUGCGUCUAGUAAACAGAAAUUAGGUUCAUGUCCUUUAAAGAUACAGUAAUGUUCUCCGAGAGGUGCAUGUUAACCAAACUGUGAGCAAGUUUAUUGACAAUGCAUAGCUUUUGCGUAUGAAAACAUCAUAGCUUCUUUAGAGAUAUCCCCCAGGUCUUCUGGGGAUUUAGCACUGUGGUUUUGCAUCUUACUCCAGUUAGAUAAAAGUUGAUUUCCUCUACCGGGUUUGAUUUCCGCAGAUGGGGACGACUCAGCGUUUGGCUGCUCUCCUCAGUCUUUUAACAUCUCAAACAUCCGAAUGUGUUGCAUUGAAGUGCCCAUUUUAAUUGACAUUUUGCGAAUCAUGAUUUUUGUAGUUUGAUUUCUCAGAAGCAGUGUCUACAUUUUGCUAUUUAAAAUGCUUCACAAAGAUGAACAGAGAUCAAUUCAAAGCAAGAUAUAAAGAUACAUUGAUUCAACUAUAAAGGGCUUCUUAAUCUAUCGGUCUUUAUUGAAUUGUGAUGACAUUGUUGCAUGUUUGAGUGUUUCUUGUGGAAAAAUAAACGUGCCCUGGAUAAGGGUAGUUUGUUUGAA